CCUAACCACGUUCACCAAACUUCCCGUUACUUUCUGGUUAGGGUUGGCCAGAGUCUCGGGAGCCCUGGACGCCAGGAGGCGGGAGGGAGGAGGGCGGGAAGUGCGGGGGGGGGGGGGUAGGUCAGGAGCAGAUGAGGGCCUCCGCGGCGCGGGGCCAGGCCGGCAGCAGGAGCGGCCAGCGGCGGGCCCCCUCCCCCUCCCCCCGCUGUCCCGGGGCCCCGGGGCACAAAUGCGUGCGGUCACAGCCGCGGGCCGGAGAGGGUCGAGGCCGGCCCGCACCACUCGGCCCUCCAGGGUGCAGCGCCCCGCACCACCUGCGCUCCGCGAGUGGAAGGGACCCUGGCGCCCGCCUGCGGUGGCGACCCCGCGGCGGCCCUGCCGGACGACGGCCCGCGGUUCCUCAGGACCAACCCGCACUCCGCGCCCGCCGGCCGGAAGAGGAAGCAGGCCGUCGUCCACACUUCCGGGGCGGGGCGGGGGCGUGGUCGGCGUGCGCCCCGCCCCUGGCAGCGGGCCGGGCCGUCCAUUCCGCAUCCGUCCAUCUGUCCGUGUGUCCGUGUCCGUCCGUCCAACCCGAGCGCGCGGCCGCGCCAGGCGGGAUCAUGGGCUGGGGAGCCGGAGGGAGCUGCACCCCGCGCCCACCCAUCCGCCAACAGACGGCGCAGGAGACGCGCGUGAUCACUGUGGUCUUCCUCGGCCUCCUGCUGGACCUCCUGGCCUUCACUCUGCUCCUGCCCCUGCUGCCAGGGCUGCUGGAGAGCCACGGCCGUGCCCACGACCCCCUCUAUGGCUCGUGGCAGCGAGGUGUGGACUGGUUUGCCGCAGCGAUCAGGAUGCCGGCCGAGAAGAGGUACAACAGUGUCCUGUUCGGAGGUCUGAUUGGCUCGGUCUUCUCCUUCCUGCAGUUCCUCUUGGCACCGCUCACGGGGGCGGUCUCGGACUGUCUGGGGAGGCGCCCGGUGAUGCUGCUGUCCCUGGCAGGUCUGGCCACCUCGUACGCUGUGUGGGCUGCUUCGAGGAGUUUCGCAGCCUUCCUGGCCUCCAGGGUGAUUGGGGGCAUCAGCAAGGGGAACGUCAGCCUCUCCACCGCCAUCAUAGCUGACCUGGGCUCACCUUCCGCCCGCGGCCGAGGCAUGGCAGUCAUCGGGGUGGCCUUCUCCCUGGGCUUCACCCUGGGCCCCAUGCUGGGUGCCUCCCUGCCCGCGGAGACGGUACCCUGGCUCGCCCUGCUCUUCGCUGCCUCCGACCUGCUGUUUAUUUUCUGCUUCCUGCCGGAGACCCUGCCCCCAGAGAAGCGGGUAAGGGGGGGCACCCGGGAAGAAACCAAUGAGAGGUCCUGGGGCUGGGGGCUCAGUUCUGUGGGCGUGCGGGGAUGCCAGGGGAGGCUGGACUGCCCUCUCCUGGUGCCCCGGCCUCUAGGGCCUGGCAGGGGAACUGGAGGCCAGGGCAGGUUCAGGUCAUGCCCCUCCCCAGCUGCCUGGCAGGCCCCUCCAGUCCUGCCCCCGCCCCAGGCACCCUCCAUCGCCCCCGGGUUUCGAGCCACUGCGGAUCUGCUCAGCCCCCUGGCCUUGCUCCGUUUCUCGGCCGUGGCCCGCACCCAGGAUCCACCUGCUGGAGACAGACUUGGGAGCCUUCGCCGCCUGGGCCUGGUGUAUUUCCUCUACCUCUUCCUGUUCUCGGGCCUGGAGUACACCCUGAGCUUCCUUGCCCACCAGCGCUUCCAGUUCAGCAGCCUGCAGCAAGGAAAGAUGUUUUUCUUCAUCGGCCUCACCAUGGCCACCGUGCAAGGUGCCUACGCGCGGAGGAUCAGCCCUGGCAGGGAGAUUGCAGCUGUGAAGCGGGCCAUCUUGCUGCUCGUGCCCGCCUUCGUUCUCAUCGGCUGGGGGCUCACGCUGCCUGUGCUGGGCUUGGGGUUGCUGCUGUACUCCUUCGGUGAGUGGGUCCUCCCAGGGCCAGGGUGGGCGCGGCAGGGAGCCAGGAAUCCGGGGUCACAGCCCUCCCUGGUGUCUCCCACCAGCUGCCGCGGUCGUGGUGCCCUGCCUGUCCUCCGUGGUUGCCAACUAUGGCUCACCAGGGCAGAAGGGCACAAUCAUGGGCACCCUGCGGAGCCUGGGCGCCCUGGCCAGGGCGGUGGGACCCAUGGUGGCUGCCUCAGUGUACUGGCUGGCGGGGGCCAGGAUCUGCUUCACCGUGUGCUCCGGCCUCUUCCUGCUCCCCUUCCUGCUCCUGUGGAAUCUGAGGCCUCCAGCCCACGCGCUCAAGGCCGAGUAGCCGAGCCAGCCCCGCCUCGAGCUGGGGGGGGGGGGGGGGAGAGGAGGCCUGGGCCUGGGCCUGGGCCUGCCCCCCCCCCCCCCCCCCCCCCCCCGGGCCCAGCCCAGGACGGCUCACGGCCUGCAGCCCCAGAGGGCCCAAGACACUCCCGGCCCCUCCCUAGGUGUGGACGGCCCUGUGAGGCUGGGGGCAGUGACUCCAAACCCUUCCAGGCUUUCUGUUGGCUUCUGUGACACACGGUGUCAGCCAGGCCUCUGAAUGACAAAAUAAAGCAGCUAUUUUAUAUCCAGUGCCUCUCUGCAGUACACCGCUGUGCCUCGCCACCCCCCACCCCCCGGCGCCAGAAGCAGCAACUUAAGCUGAAGGCUCUUAGAGCUGCACUGAGCAGAAGUGUCCCAGGCUCUUCCCGAGCCGGCUGCCAUUCUGCACAAGGCUGAGGACAGAACGUGGACGCAGGGCCCUCCAGGCUGUGCCCUGCACCCUGGCCGACCAGGGAGGAGAGGCCCCUGUGCCACGUUCUCCCCAUCACACGUCCCGCCCCAGCCUGUGGCUAAAGGGUCCUCCCCAGUGCAAAGC